AUGAGUAUUCGCAGCAGGAGAGCCACACUCCAUCGAGUAUUCUCUCCACGGACGCAGUAUCUGCCAAUUGGUGCGGCAGUAGUAUGGUUUAUCACCCUUUUUAUUCUCCUAAUCUAUUGGCUCGCGGUCGGACGACCACGAUAUUCAUCUCAGGAGGGUGCAGUAGCUUUCAUAUCCGACGUCGGAGCUCAAGUCCUCAAACCACUCUUCGUCGUCGGAUGCGUGCUCACUAGCCUCUUUUUCCUUGGCACCCUCCUCGUGGUUCAUCUCAUUCACGCAAUCACAUAUCCCGGAAGGAUACAAGCGUCGGAUGCUGUUUCGCCUGGAGAGAGCUUUGACACUCUCCAAUACCGAGGAACACAUCAACGCUUUCUAGCAAUCUUUGCACUCUCCCUCUUCAUCGGCGUCAUUGCGUCCGUUGUACUCAGCGGGCAACUCUUCUUCGCACACCGACAUAUCAAAUGGCUGAAAACAAGCUUUGUCCUCAAGCUUUCGACGGCCCUCGUCUUGAUAUCGGUGGGGGUAGCAUUUGUCUCCCGACUUGCAACUACAGAACGCGGUGUUGACAUUGGAUAUAAUCAAGCGGGGAUAUUGGAAUGGACGCUCGGUCUCAUUUUCGUCUUUUACGUUCUCACUUUUUGGUAUGACCUACGAACAAUGCUCACACCCAUACCGGCCGAUCGCGGUAGUUCGGCACCUCAGGACUCGCCUCGUCACAUGCCAAUAGCCGUGUAG